AUGGCGAGCAAGGAGCGGACGCCGCGCACGCGCUCUUCAGCCUCCUAUGCUCUUCGUGCGCUCCGACCGCACGCAGGCGCCCUCGAUACGCGCAUGUUGACGACGGAGAACCCCGCCGUCGUCAUCGCGCGCGCCAAGGAGGUCCUCGCCGGCAUGGGUCUCGAAAUCCAGGUGGAGCACGAGUGCAAGCUGCGCUGCAUCCGCCCCAAGAAGACGGCGGCUUUCGACGAUGAUGCUGUCGACCUCUCCAUCGAUGCCGAGUCUGUGCCCAUGCAGGGCGCAGUCGAGCCGCUGUACGGCCCGCCGACGCACGACGCGCUUGACGAGGUCCGCUUCGCGCUGGAGAUCACGGCGUUCAAGAACUUGGAGGGCCAGUUCCUGAUCGAGAUUCGCCGCUUGAAGGGUGGCUUGAAGAGCUACAAGUUCCUGUACGAGACCGUCAGAGAGUAUGUGCCUUCCCUCUUAUGUAUGUCUGCGUUACUGAUGGUGAUUGCAGGCGUUUGAUGCUGCAGCAACCAUGAGUUGGUCGCAGGAGAUGAUCUGGGGGCUGAGGAAGGGAAGGAAGGGCAGAGGACGCACCGCGUAUACCCCCGCCGUGGUUUCGCGUGGUUCGCAGUGGCAUUCUCUCCGGGUAAUACUCAUAAUCAUUGGCACCUAGUCAUCACAUAUACAGAUACCUUUCUCCUUUGCUUUGCUCCUGCUAAUGCCGGCCACCGUUUGGUGUCCCCGCUCCUCCGAGUCCGAUAGCCUCAUCAUUUGAGUCGGAGCUUUGUUGUGUCGCCCUUCCGUUGGUCACCG